AUGCCCAACAGCAGCUCCAUGGCCCAGUUCCUCCUCCUCCUGGAAUUAGUAGACAGGCAGGAGCUGCAGCUCCUGCAUUUCUGGCUCUUCCUGGGCAUCUCCCUGGCUGCCCUCCUGGGCAAUGGCCUCAUCCUCAGCGUCGUAGCCUGCGACCACCACCUGCACACCUCCAGGGACUUCCUCCUGCUACACCUCUCCCUCACAGACAUGGGCUGCAUCUGUGCCACUGUCCCUAAAGCCAUGCACAACUCCCUCUGGGACACCAGGGACAUCUUCUAUGCAGGAUGUGCUGUCCAGGUCUUUCUGCUUGUCUUCUUUCUUGGAGCAGAGUUUUCCCUCCUCACCAUCAUGUACUACGACUGCUACGUUGCCAUCUGCAAACCCCUGCACUAUGAGACCAUCUUGGGCAGCAGAGCUUGUGCCCACAUGGUAGCAGCUGCCUGGGCUGCUGGGUUUCUCAAUGCUCUGAUGCACACAACCAAUACAUUUUCCCUGCCCCUGUGCCAGGGCAAUGCCCUGGACCAGUUCUUCUGUGAAAUCCCCCACAUCCUCCAGCUCUCCUGCUCACACUCAGGCUACCUCAGGGAACUUCCGUUUCUUGGGGUUAGUGCCUGUUUAGUGUUUGGUUGUUUUAUUUUCUUUGUUUUCUCCUAUGUGCAGAUCUUUAGGGCUGUGCUCAGGAUCCCCUCUGAGCAGGGACGGCACAAAACCUUUUCCACGUGCCUCCCUCACCUGGUCGUGGUCUCCUUGUUUGUCAGCACUGCCAUAUUUUCCAACCUGAAACCCCCCUCCAUUUCCUCCCCAUCCCUGGAUCUUGCCCUGUCAGUUCUGUACUCAGUGGUGCCUCCAGCACUGAACCCCCUCAUCUACAACCCGAGGAACCAGGAGCUCAAGGAUGCCCUGAGGAAAAUGAUGACUGGAUGCUUUUCGGGAGCAAUAACCUACCUCUUUUCUUCAGCAGAACACUCACUGUUUAAUCAUUCU